AAAUAGCAGCGGGUCUCAUUCCUGUGUGCAGUUGACAAGGAAAAUAUUUUGAGUAACCCUUUAAUCUGGGCGAUAUGAAGCUCGUUGAGCAUUUAUAGUAGGCUUUUUCUUAAAACACAAUCGUUUUAGCGCAGUUGUGAACGUGUCUAAUCACUCUUCGAAUUUGGGACUGCACAGGACAUAUGCACAGUUUUUUUUUUGUUGAACUCUGGACUAAAUACGAAAACAUAUUUUCGUAGGCUUGCGUUUGAUUACCCAAACAUUUAGCCUACCAACAUGGAGUAUAAAAUUGAGGCCCAUCGGAUUAUGAGUAUUUCUUUAGGAAAAAUGUAUAAUUCACGAAUACAACGCGGUGGAAUCAAACUACACAAAAAUCUACUGGUUUCUUUAGUUCUUCGUAAUGCAAGGCACAUGUAUCUCAGCGAGUACUAUAGCGGGAUGUGCUUGAGUACCCCGCAAGUAGUAUCCCAACAAGAAGAAAGAGAAUGGCGGGAGGGGCACAUGGAUUUGAAUCAAGAUCAAUGUAUCUCCAUUGCGCCAGAUCAUUUAACUGGAGCCCCCGCCGAGGAUGCUCCCGUACAGUUGAAAGACAACGGCCAUUCAGCUGUGGCCAACGAGGAAUCCGCUGAUGUUGAUAUUGCCACGAUUCCACAAACAGAUGGUACAACUAAACUCGAGAGCCCUGAUUUGCACUACGCAUCCGAAGGGUCGGAGACCCCCCCAGAGGCCUCUGAGAACACAGAAAUUACCACCGACGAUGUGACUGUCACCUCUUUGAAAAUGAAUAGUGCUCUGUCACAAACGGGACCUAAUGUGGACAAAGAGUCACCAAUCGAUGACCAGAUCAGCAGGACAUUUUUGGGAGACAAGUCAGACAUACUUAAAGCGCACCGGUCUUGCGUCAACAGAAAACGGACUUCUGAGAACCUUGAACUUCAACCAACAAAAAGAACAAAAGUAUAUGCCCAAAGCGACUUCGACGCAGACGGUAACGAAGUAUGCGAAGAAAUGGACACUGGCAAUGUAACGAGUUUGAUAACCAUAUUUGGUUCUAGUUUUUCAGGACUUUUAAGUAAGGACACUGCGCAGUCGGUUUCGGAGGCUGAUGACUCGGGGUCGGGGCAGGUCUGUGAUCAGAUGCUCAAAAUCCUCAACCCGUGGACUACUGCCAUUGUUGCAUUUUAAAUAGGCUACUUUCAUUGUUCUCUGUGUUAUACAUUUGAGCUUUGUUUUGGGGGUCCUUCUGAAAAUGCCGAUUAUUCUGUGCUCUACAGCCAUGCUUAUUGUGUUGCACGUGGUCCCCUGUAACAUUAGGGAAGUAGGGGAUCCUAGUCACGGACUACAGUUAGCCUAAUCAAUGAGUGAGCCCUAUAUUUAGUUGGAAUUAACACGUAGUGAGAUGUGGGUAUGUUUAUUAUAUAUAUACUACUAGACGAAACAGAAAAUAUGCAAUUUGAAAUGCAAGAAAACUGUAUGCUAUUCUGUACACAUGCAAUAUGAGUUCUUACGCCUUCUGUGCACAUGAUGAAGUGAGGUGCAUCGCCACAAGCUUUACAUAUAGGCUAUUGUCAGUGCAAUGUCUUUGUUUUAUAAAGACCUGUAAUACCCACA